AUGCUUAUGAUAAAAGAGAAAACGAUCAGAUCCAUUUCGCUAAAUUUACCAGACGGAACUUAUUACAAAAUUGAUCUCUUUCUUUCACUUUUUCCUCUAACUCUCUCUCUAUCUUCCCCUUCCUCCUCUCCAUCUCUCUCACUCUCGCUUUCUUUCCCUCAUUUUCCCUCUCUCUCUCCAUAUGUCUAUCUCUUUCCCUCACUCUCUUUCCCAUCUCUCUCUUUGCCCUUCCCCUUCUCUCCCAUUCCCUCCCCUCUCCCUCUCUUUCUAUCUAUUCCGGAAUGUUUUGAAUCUUUCGACCUUACUCGUUCUUUAACAUUCUCCUCUAUCUUUCUCGCUCCAUCACUGUCCAUCUCUUUUAUUCUCUGUCUCUCUCUCUCUCUUCACAUCACUUUCUCUGUCUCUUUCUAUUUUUCUCUCUCACUUUACCCAUGUCUCUCUUUACCUCUCCUUCCCUCUCUCUUUUCUUCCUCCCUUUCUCUCUCUUUCCGUCUAUUUCUCUUUCCCUCUCUCUGUUUAUGCUCUUUUUCUAUCUAUCUAUCUAUCUAUCUAUCUAUCUAUCUUAGUCUGUUCAUAUAUACAAUAGUCUUUUUCCAUCUAUCUAUCUAUCUAUCUAUCUAUCUAUCUAUCUAUCUAUCUAUCUCUCCCUCAAUCUCUCUAGUGCGCAUGCGUACAUACGGAUUUUUAAAGACCUCUUUCACACCUGAACGACUCGGCACGACACAACAUGACUAA